UGGAAUCAUAAAAAAAAGUUAGCAAAAGUAAUUGCCGCAGGGUUUCUCAUCUUGCAGAUUGCAGCCAAUUGCAGCAAAAGAGAUAGUCACAUGAUUUUCCAUUUUCUGACUUCAGGACUUUGCGCGGCCAGGACGGGUUCUGCAGGUGGAUGGGUUGCUUUCCAGGUCUUACGUUGGAAGCAGUUAGACUUAUGAAAGUACCUGUAGCAAUUUUCUCUGAUUUCGAAUUUUGUUUGUUAUCGUAGGGUAUCCUUUUCGGAUACCGCAGACCUAUUCAUUCGCUAAUUACUAUAAAUUGAAUGGACGCUGAUGUGAUAGUUGUUGGUGGGGGAGUGGUAGGUUUAUGGACUGCUUAUCAUCUCAAUGCAAAGGGUGUAAAAUCUAUACUCUUUGAACAGUUCCCAUAUCCUCACACAAGAGGAAGUUCACAUGGCCAAUCAAGAAUCACAAGAACAUCAUAUAUUGAUAGAGAGUAUGCUUCACUCAUGCCUGAAGCCCACAGAAGAUGGAGAGAAUUAGAAAAACAGAGUGGUCGAAAACUACUGAUAGACACCGGACUUGUAACAUUGUGGGAUGCUAGACAAAGUAUGAAUGAAUUCAAUUGCAUGCUGAGCAAUCUAAAAAAACUUGGUGUAUCUCAUGAGAUCCUCUCUGGGAAGGAUUUGGCAAAACGUCAUCCUGGUUUCUCUGAGAAGCUUCAAUGUACUGGAAUAUUAGAAAGCGAUGCUGGUUUGCUUCGGGCAGAUAAUUGUACUGCUGCCUUGCGAGAGUGGUAUACAUCACAUGGUGGUGAAUUGCAUGAUAGUGAACCUGUGCUACAUUUGGAUGUAAUCAAUGAUUCCAGAAUCGAAGUCAAAACAUCAGUGAAAACUUAUCUUUGUAAAUCAGUUGUAUUGACUUGUGGACCAUAUAUCAAUAGUAUUUUAUCAACAGUCAAUUUGAAACUCCCAAUACAGACGAAACGUAUCCUCGUACACUACUGGAAAGAUGAAACUACAUCUUCUAAUUAUUCCCUCGCAAAUAAUUUUCCUGAAGUAAUUCUGAUGUUGGAAGGGGGAGAAACGUACUCACUUCCAUCGUAUGAAUACCCAGGUUUAAUGAAAAUAUGCUAUCAUGGUGGAUCUACUGUUGAUCCAAAAGCAAGAGAUUCUGAAAUAACUUAUGAUGUUGAUGACAAAAAUGAUCGUGUACAAAAUCUGAAAGAGAUAAUUAGUGAAACCUUCCCUGGGAUUGAUUCAUCCUCACCUGCUAUUGAAGAAAUCUGCAUGUAUACAGGAACGCCCGACUCAAAAUUUAUUUUGGAUUUCCAUCCGAAUCACACAAAUGUUGUUAUUGGUGCUGGAUUUUCAGGUCAUGGUUUCAAAACAUCACCUUCAGUCGGUCAUAUUCUUGCAAACAUGGCAGUUGGGCAGAAAACUCCAUAUAAAUUGGAAUCGUUUUCAAUGAAAAGAUUCAAAAAUAUUUCAAAAUUGUGAUGGUUCCCAAUCUUGCUUUGAAAGUUUGUCAUGCCUUCUGAUUAGGUUUUGCUUAUCACAGAUAAUAUUUGAUUGCGAAUGAUUACCGGUAUUUACCUUGGUGAAUUCAAACUCACAAAUUUCAUGGUAUAAUUGAAAAUAUCCUUCACUUUCAUUUUACUUGAAAGAAGAUUUAUUCAGGUGCUAAUAUUGUCAUCACUCGUUUAAUUAUUCAUGAACUGGCAGAAUCUACAAUCUCAUGAAGUUUUUUUCUUGAAUUUUUUAUUAGUUGAACAGAUCAUAAUAUUGUGUAUUUUUCACAAUCAUUUUCAAAUACUGUAUAUAGAUAAUUAUGCACAAUA